CAUUCGCACGAACUUCACCCUAAACUUAAACGACCUCCAUUCAUCCUCUGUCGUGUUCAAACAGCGGUUUUUACCAUCUUACGCGACAAUUAUCACAUAAAAACACCAUCAAAUAUAUCCUUAAAAGCGCAUUAGUGCAACAAGGAUUGUUACAAGUGUAAAAAUCUAGUGUAAUUAUAAAAAUGGCUUUAAAAUCGUCGCCGACAGUAUUGGGUAUGGUAGCCCGUAUUUCACGCCGCUGUUUUUCGACUUCAAAGGCUUUGGCAUCAAAACCUGUAACUGUAAGAGAUGCCCUGAACCAAGCCAUCGAUGAAGAAAUGGAAAGGGACGAAAGGGUGUUCGUUUUGGGCGAAGAAGUAGCUCAAUACGACGGCGCCUACAAAGUGACAAGGGGCCUAUGGAAGAAGUACGGAGACAAACGUGUCAUAGACACGCCAAUCACAGAGAUCGGCUUUGCGGGUAUAGCAGUCGGAUCAGCCUUCGCUGGUCUGAGGCCCAUCUGCGAGUUCAUGACAUUCAACUUCUCUAUGCAGGCUAUUGAUCACAUAAUAAAUUCAGCCGCAAAAACCUUCUACAUGUCAGCCGGUACGGUGCCGGUUCCGAUCGUGUUCCGUGGGCCCAACGGCGCGGCGGCCGGCGUCGCGGCGCAGCAUUCCCAGUGCUUCGGCGCCUGGUUCAGCCACUGUCCCGGGUUGAAAGUCGUCAUGCCGUACUCUUCUGAAGACGCUAAAGGUCUUCUGAAGGCUGCCAUCAGGGAGAACGAUCCAGUUGUGAUGUUGGAGGAUGAGAUCCUGUACGGUGUUCCCUUCCCGAUGUCCGAUGAAGCUCUCUCCAAUGAUUUCGUACUGCCCAUAGGUAAAGCGAAGAUUGAACGCGAAGGUUCUCACAUCACGCUGGUGUGCGCCGGCCGCGCCACCGACACCGCUCUGAAGGCGGCCAACGAGCUCGCCGGGAAGGGUAUAGAAUGCGAGGUGAUAAACCUCCGUUCCCUCCGGCCGCUGGACUUCGAAACGAUCGCUCGCUCCGUGUCCAAGACGCACCAUCUCGUCACUGUGGAGCAGGGCUGGCCACAGUCAGGCGUGGGCGCGGAGAUCUGCGCACGCGUCAUGGAGUCGCCCGCGUUCUUCGAGCUGGACGCGCCGGCGUGGCGCGUGUCGGGCGCCGACGUGCCCAUGCCGUACGCGCGCUCGCUCGAGCAGCUGGCUCUGCCUACCCCGGGCAGCGUGGUCGACGCCGUCACCGCCACGCUCGGGAACCAGAUAGUACAGCAAUCCAGUGAGUCGGCGAGUCAGUGAGGAAUCUCCAGCCAGCUACCGUGUAAAUAUUCUCAUGUUAUUUAGCAUCAUUUCAUCGUUUUGUUAUUACCACGCACGCCUAUGUGAUAUUGUAUCUAUGCUAAACUCGGUUUGUAUGAAGCAAUAUAUAGAUAAAAUUUAUUUGUAAAUAAAUAUUUUAGUAAAAUGUUAA